AUGGAAUUGGUGCAAAUAAUUCGGAUAUUUAAAAUGUUACCAGUAUAUCCGAUGAUCAGGGGAGGCCUUAGUGAAUCCAUAGUGAACUGGGGUAUGUCACCUUCUAUGAUAUUGGCAUAUUUGCCUGCCUUAUGUUACAUACUCAACACUAGUCAUUUAUCGCACAUAAUUUCGAAUAAUUGCAAUAAAUUUAGCGCAUACAAACCUGUGCCAACUAUCAUAAAACUCUCGAGAAUCCGUUCCAAUUAUGUAAAAUCUGUUAGUAAUGGGUCUACUAGUGGUGAAUUGCCACUGUGGGAAGAUACGCCAGAAAGUGUGCAAAAACAAAUUAGGGCUUACGGGCCAGACCCCCCAGAGGAUGUGUUUAGGAAACCGGUCAGACCGCUAGGCUUUUGGGGCAGGAUGAUGGCCCCCGAUAUGUCAUUCAUGGGUGUGGAUCGAGCAGUGGUCGUCAGGAACAUGAAAAAAAAAUACCAAAGUACCAUUUAUCGCAAUAUCAGACGAACGUACAAAAGAUAUGUAAAAGAUGCCGCCACUCUUCAAGAGGUUCUGUACUGGAAAUACAAACUUGACAGUUUGCCCCGAGAUUCCUCACCUGUGCGUUUCAGGAGAAGGUGCAUUGUUACAGGCCGAUCACGAGGAGUAAUUGGAAUUUUCGGAAUGUGUAGACAUAAGGUGAGGGAAUUUUUGGGCAAAGGAUGGAUCCCCGGGGUUAGUAGGGCAAGCUGGUAA